UUGUAGAACAGAUGAAACAAGUAUUUCAUCCUGCUCUGAGAAUCAACGCGAUGACAUCAUUCCCAGUGCUGCUGUUCCUGGCUGCUGUGCUGCAUUCAGCCUUUCCUGAAUAUGGGGAUGAGAAUCAAGAGUUGAAUGCUUUGUUAACCACUCGAGAGGAAGUUCAAAAGGAGAUUAUAAAUAAACACAAUGAACUAAGAAAAUCAGUCUCUCCCACCGCCAGCAACAUGCUAAAAAUGGAAUGGAGUGAACAUGCUGCAGUCAAUGCCCAAAAUUGGGCCAACCGAUGCUAUUACAGACACAGCUCCCCAGGGGAUCGAACAACCAAUACAAGCUGUGGUGAGAAUCUCUUUAUGUCAACCCACCCCAUUUCAUGGUCAAAAGUAAUCCAAACCUGGUAUGAUGAGAACAAGGAUUUUAUCUAUGAUGUGGGGAAAACAACACCCUUUGCAGUAGUUGGACACUAUACUCAGGUGGUUUGGUACUCGUCUUUCCAUAUUGGAUGUGGGUUUGCCCUCUGCACUAACGAAAUGUUAAAACACUUCAUGGUUUGCCAGUAUUGUCCAGCUGGUAAUCAUCUUAAUAGAAUAUAUGCCCCUUAUGACAAAGGAGAACCUUGUGGCAGUUGUCCUGGUCAUUGUGAUGAUGGACUGUGCACCAAUGGUUGUGAUUAUGAAGAUGGUUUCGCUAACUGUGGAGACCUGAAAAAUGUACUAACCUGUGAAAAUACACAGAUCAACGACAGUUGCAAGGCCUCCUGCAAUUGCGAGAACAAAAUUUAUUAAGUUCUCAAUGCUCAUGAGAAAGGGGAUCAGGAAAAUUUGGGGCAGGUUAGCUGCGAAUUUUAUUCCAAACAGUAAAGAAUCCUUUUCAUUUGGAUCUGCUUCUUAUUUUACAGAAGUCUUACUCAUGCAGAUGAUUAAAAAGAAAAAUUCAUGGUAGCAACUUUUGAUUUUGAUAUACAAAUUUUUAAAAUUAAAUUUAACGAAUUUAAUCUAGUUGGGGAUUCUGAAAGUUGUAUUUUCCUAUGACUAAAGUUACUAAAAUUCUGUAUUAAAAUUGAGAACUAUGUUCCCAGAAAACAAUGUACUCAAAAACAGAAUGUGAUUGUCAUCAUCACAUGAAUCCUGGGCUCCCCCUACCUAAGUAUCUCCAUAGAAGUAUCCACAUAUACUGUUUUUAACUCCUCCUCACUAAUUUACUCUUCUUCCCACUAAUCUGGAUCUCAUUCUCAUAAUUACAUUAAAACUGUUAUCCUCAGGUAAGUGACUUUCAUUUUUGCCAAAAUCUUGAUUCUUCUUUUUCAUAAAUUUUAUAGUAGAAGAUGUCACACUUUCCUUUCUAAAUCUCUCUUCUCUUAGACAAGUCUUCCUUUAAAAAGAAUUCAAAAUCCUUUAUGCAUACAAUCUCCCCUCAAGAAGUUAGAACUUUGUCCCUUUCCUUUUUGAGUCUGUACUGAAUUCAUUGAUUCACUUUCUAAGACUAGACAAUGGAAAGGGAAUAAUACUCACUUUACAAUGGAUAAAUCUAGCAAAUGUCAUCCCACCCAAGUGACCUGAACUCCAAACUCUUUUGUUGAUAUUUCAAAUGAAGUAUUCUCUCUUGAAACACUUUCAAAAUAUAAUUUUUAGAAUAGAAAAAAAUUUAUUCAGAAUAACUACUUUAACAAUUUGAACUAUGAAGAGGAAACAAAAUGAAAGUUAAUCUUAGCAACAUGUUAAUCCUCUCCAAGAAUUAGUUUGAACUUAUGAGUAUUUUUUAAUAAAGUAAUAUUAUAAUACUUAUAAUGUCUUUGUAAUGACAUUGCAAUAACAUUAAAGUUCUAACACUUACAGCAUGAAUUUGUCACAUUUAGUACUUAUCUAAAUUAAUAACCAGUAGCAGAGAUCUGUGGGUAUUGGGCAUGGAUGUAUCCUAAAGAAAUUGUUUAUUCAUAAUUUGGAUAACAAUCAUUUAAUUUUGGGUAUAUCAGCAUGAGUUCUUUGUAUUUUCUCAAAUAAUAGAUUAUAAAAACAAAAUAUGAAGAUAGUAAAUUUUAUCUGAAAUUUAUAUAAUGGCUCUCUAUUAGAAAGAAAACUGAGCAGAUGGAAAGAAAAGUAGAAAAACAUGCAAAAAUAUAUACUUUAAAAUAUAUGCAUUGUCUCUUCUAUACAUAAUAUUACUGUGUGGAUUAUCUGUUUUUCAACUAAUACUGCACUGUGUAAAAAUUAUAUAGCAAUCCCUAGUUUACCUUUACUGGCCAUUUUUUAGAAUGCAACUUAGUAUUUUGCUGCUGUAAUCAAU